AUGACAUUCAAGGAGCCACGCAUCACCCUCACACGAUUGGAAUCGCUACCUCUUCGGUAUAAUCCCAGGGAGCGAUUUAUUUCGACCCUCCCAAUCGUCUUCAAAAGCCCGGGACCCUCGCGCUACACUCGCGGCGGACUCAAAGGCAGCCAACCGCCAACUCAGAAGCCCAAAUCAAAGCUGGAUGAUCUUGGUUUUCUAGAAAUCAUUCCUGGAACUGAUCCUAUCGUUGAUAUUGUUGCUCUUCAUGGCUUGCAAGGUCAUAGAGAGGGCUCGUGGACGGCGGAAAAUGGUAUCAUGUGGCUACGCGAUCUCUUGCCCAACGACUUGCCCAAUGCACGAAUCUUGAGCUAUGGCUACGAUGCAGAUACUCGAAGUCAGGAGUGCGUAUCAACUCAGACGAUCGACCGACAUGGAGACAGUUUCGUCAAGGCGCUCUCAAGGAAGCGGAGCGAUGUCCCCCGACGACCAAUAAUCUUUAUCGCGCAUGAUUUAGGAGGUAUUAUACUCAAAUGGGGUUGGUCCUAUGCCACAAUCAAGGAGUAG